AUGUCGACACAGGACGAGCUUCACAGCUACAAUGUGAUAGCAGGGCUAAGGCAAGAGCUAGAACCGCGCUCAGCAUCCGUUCCACCACGCAACAAACCAACAAGAAGGAAAGAGACCGAGCCUGUCACUCAGGGCAGUACCUUUAUUCAAGAGUCUUUCGAAUUCCCAGAAAAGCAGACAUGGCUCAAACCCAGGCCCAGACAACGAAGAGGUGUCAUGAACAGCCCUGACGACACCACUCUGUUUCCACUACCACAAAGCAAAGCUCCCGAGAAAGGUGAAGCCCUUUCCCUGGACAAGCACGCAGAUAGAAUAGCAGCCUUGAUUGCUCAGAAGAGGCGGGAAAAUGACUCCAAGCUAUUUCGAGAACGAAUGUCGACGCAGCAGAGGUUACAUCGCGGUGUCGACGACCAGGACCGAUUGAUCGCCGCAAGUCACGAUGAGCUUAGAAGGAAAAUGGAGCUGAGUGCGAAAGGCAUAUUCGAGGAGAAACCACCGGAUGGCAAAGAGCUCGAGUUUGUAUUGGUAGAGUCCUCAAUACCAGCUGUACAUGAAUCUUUACCUAUGGACUCGGUAGGGACGACUGGACAACCGAUGCUGCCUGAAGAUUACUCUUCGGACGACGACAUUGAUACGAGUGGUCUUCAAUAUUCGUUCGAAUCUGACUUUGUAGAAGAGACUCCCUCAACACGCACUGACGAUUCCGAUAUCGAUGAAGAGAUUGUGACAGCACAUGCAAUUGAAGCCUCUGUCCCGCUACCGCAGCCCAAUGUUUCGAUGACAGCUCCACAGAAGAACCAUUUGCAUCACAGCACGGACAUCGAAACAAAUCUAUAUCAAAGUCAAACAAGCACGACAACCCAGACCCAGAUCCACGCGAUAUCUACAUCUACCCGUACAGUUUAUCCUCAGUCUCAGCUGUUUUUUGCUCAACCGAGGUUUGCCAACCACAGAUAUAACAAUCCACAUAUUUGGGAUCCAUUGCCGACACAGCAGCCUGCACACCAGCAGUGGACAAGUCAGAUGUGGCAAGCUCUGCCUUCGGCUCUACCGCUAUCAUAUCAGGCACCGCCUGUUUUGGGAAGCGUCGAUACACCACGACCGGAAUCUCAAAGCCUUCCGGCUUCCCUGCCACAGCAAACACAAAACCCCGCCUACUUGCAGUCAAUAGGCAUGACUCAAGACUUUAUGCAUUCAGUCUCGGACAAUUACAUCUCCUGUCCACCUACUUUCGCAUCCAUAGAAACAGAUAACAACGUCUACAACCACGGCAUUUCUCAGCCUCAGGCAGCUUCCAAUUCCCUAUCCACCUUCGACCUUCCAAGUGAAUCGCAUCCAGCUGCCUCCCGAUCAAACGUCAAUAUCUUCACUGGUCAAGCGCGAGAAAACGGAAUUAUAGGCGGUAACAACAAUUGGGCGGAGCCAGUCGGUGAGAAGAGGAAGAACAUGUUCUCAAAUAGGGCUUGA